ACCACAUGGGCUCAUGCUCUCAGGGCCCCUCCCUACAGUGUGCAGGAGAUCCUAGUGUCCGGUGCUGGGGGUUCUGGGAGGGUCUCCCUGCCCCCACAGGCGAGAUCUCUCUGCCUCCUCUGAGCUGAGAUGUCUCCUCCUCCCGGGGAGCAGCCGCCCCCCACCUCCCUGCCCUCAGAGCUCUCUCUCUCUCAUUGUGGGCAGGUCAGCACCAGCCCGGGAAGGGAAGCCUCAGACCCCGGACUCCCUCCCUGGGGCCCCUCUCCCUCCCCCGCCCGGCCGGCAGAGCGCCCAAGCCCGGAACCAGAGACAUGGCCCCCGGCAGCCGGAGCCCCUCGUCCCAGGAGUUUGUGACCUUCAAGGAUGUGAUGGUGGACUUCACUGAGGAGGAGUGGAGGCUCUUGGAUCCUUCUCAGAAGGAGCUGUACAAGGAGGUCAUGCUGGAGAAUAUUCAGAAUCUGCUGUCCCCGGAUAUGGAGCCCAAGUUUGAAUGGAAUAAGAAGAUGAGAAAGCUGGGACUUUUUGUGGAAGAAUGUGACCUGCAAAGAUGCAUGAAGGAUGGUCCCUGUUCCUUGACUUUGAGGGAAAUCCAUGACUCUAACAUUGAAGUAGAUAACUCAAAAUCUGACUGUGAAUUAGAUGAAAGUAGAAAGAGAUUCAGGCUAUCUUCUUUUCUAAAUCACUAUAAGAAAAUGAAUUCAGGGAAUAACUGUCUUCUGGAUAGUGAAUAUCAGAAAUGUUUUCCUGAACAGGUAGAGCUUUUUGAUUCUCAGGAGAAACCUGCUGAAAUUCUAAUAAAUCCAGAUAAUCAAUGGGAAAUGACCUUCAGCACGAGUUCAGAUCUCACUAGACAUCAGAAAAAUGAUAAUGGGAAAAUGUUUUGUGUUGGUAGUCAACGUGGAAAGGCUUUGAGUCAGAUCACUAAGCUCAUUAUUCAGCAGGCAAUUCAAAGCACAAAGCAACCUGAAGAAUAUAAUGAAUGUGAAACAAUCUCAUCCCAUCAUUCAUCUCUUCCUUUCCAAUCUAGAAUUGACCCUGAAAUGAAAAAAACUUCAUUGAGUGAGUGUGGGAAGGCCUAUGUUUGGAACUCAGACCUUGAUAGAUCUCAGAAGAUUCAUCCUGGAGAAUUUUAUAAAUAUAAUGAAAGUGGGAAGGUCUUCACACAGCGAUUCUUUCUAGCUGUUCCUGAGGGAGUCCACACUGAUGAGCAGCUUUUUGAAUGUAAUCACUGUGGAAAGACUUUUGCAUCUAGUUCCACUCUUAGUAAGCAUCAGAAAAUCCACACUGGAGAGAAACCUUAUAAGUGUAAUCAAUGUGGAAAGGCUUUCAGAUUCCAUUAUAUGCUUACAGCACAUCAGAGAAUUCAUACUGGAGAGAAACCUUAUAAAUGUAUUCAUUGUGAAAAGACUUUCACCUGCAAGGGAGAUCUUAGUAAACAUCAGAAAAUCCACACUGGAGAGAAACCUUUUAAAUGUAGUCAAUGUGUAAAGGCUUUCAGAUUCAAUUAUUUGCUUGCAGAACAUCAGAGAAUUCACACUGGAGAGAAACCUUAUAAAUGUAAUCAAUGUGGGAAAGGUUUCAUAGCUAAAGCUGGAUUUGCUAUACAUCAGAGAAUCCACACAGGAGAAAAGCCUUAUAAAUGUAAUCAAUGUGGAAAGGCUUUCACACAGAGUUCCAGUCUUGCCAUACAUCAGAGAAUCCACACUGGAGAGAAACCUUUUAAAUGUAAUCAUUGUGGAAAGGGUUUCAUAAGUAAUUAUAGGCUUGUAGAACAUCAGAGAAUCCACAGUGGAGAAAAACGUUACAAAUGUAAUCAAUGUGGAAAGGCUUUCAUAACUAGAGCUGGUCUUGUUGUACAUUGGAGAAUCCACACAGGGGAAAAGCCUUAUAAAUGUAAUCAUUGUGGAAAGGCUUUCACAUGCAAGGGAGAUCUUAGUAAACAUCAGAAAAUCCACAGUGGAGAGAAACCUUUUAAAUGUAGUCAAUGUGGAAGGGCUUUUAGAUUCAAUUAUGUGCUUGCAGAACAUCAGAGAAUUCACACUGGAGAGAAACAUUAUAAAUGUAAUCAAUGUGAAAAGGCUUUUAUAACUAGAACCAGUCUUACUGAACAUCAGAGACUCCACACAGGACAAAAGCCUUUUAAAUGUAAUCAGUGUGGAAAGGCUUUUAUAGCUAGAGCUGGUCUUGCUUUACACCAGAGAAUCCACACUGGAGAAAAGCUAUAUAAAUGUAAUCAUUGUGGAAAGGCUUUUAUAACCAGAGCCAGUCUCACUUUACAUCAGAGAAUCAAUACAGUAGAAAAGCCUUACAAAUGUAAUAAAUGUGGAAAGGCUUUCAAAUGUAAUUACAAGCUUGUAGAACAUCAGAGAAUCCACACAGGAGAAAAGCCUUAUAAAUGUUAUCAAUGUGAAAAAGCCUUUACAAACAGGUCCCUCCUCUUUACACAUCAGAAAAUCCACACUGGUGAGAAACCGUUUGAAUGUAAUCAGUGUGGAAAGGCUUUUACACGAAAUACAAAUCUUACAAUACAUCAGAGAAUUCACACUGGAGAGAAACCUUAUAAAUGUAAUCAAUGUGGCAAGGCUUUUCUACGUAAUUGCAGGCUUGCAGAACACCAGAGAAUCCACACAGGGGAAAAGCCUUAUAAAUGUAAUCAUUGUGGAAAAGCUUUCACAUGCAGUGCCAAUCUUGCUUUACAUCAGAGAAUCCACACUGGAGAGAAACCUUUUAAGUGUAAUCAAUGUGGAAAGAGUUUUAGAUGCAAUUACAAGCUUGUUGAACAUCAGAGAAACCACACAGGAGAAAAGCCGUACAAAUGUAAUCAAUGUGGAAAGGCUUUCAUAACGAGAGCCAGUCUUACUUUACAUCAGAGAAUUCACACAGGAGAAAAGCCUUAUAAAUGUAAUAAAUGUGGAAAGGCUUUCACACAGAGUGCCAGUCUUGCUGAACAUCAGAGAAUCCACACUGGAGAGAAACCUUUUAAAUGUAAUCAAUGUGGAAAGGCUUUCAUACGUAAUUGCAGGCUUGCAGAACAUCAAAGAAUCCACACAGGAGAAAAGCCUUUUAAAUGUAAUCAAUGUGGGAAAGCUUUUACACGCAAGACGAAUCUUACAACACAUGAGAGAAUCCAUACAGGAGAGAAACCUUUUAAAUGUAAUCAAUGUGGAAAAGCUUUCAUACGCAAUUGUAGGCUUGCUGAACAUCAGAGAAUCCACACAGGAGAGAAAACCUUAUAAAUUUAAUAUGGAAAGGCAUUCAUAUAUAAUUGCAGGCUUGCAGAACAUCAGAGAAUCCACAUGACGAAAAGCUUUCACAAACAAUUCCAUUCUUGCUUUACACCAGAGAAUCCACACAGGAGAGAAAACCUUAUGAAUGUAAACAAUGUGGAAAGGCUUUCAGACAGAGUUCCAAGUCUUGCUUUACAUCAGAGAGUCCAUACAGGAGAAAAGCCAUAUAAUUGUAAUCAGUGUGAAUAAGCUUAUAGAAGGAGGUUCUUGCUUGUUGAACAUCAGAGAAUCCACACUGGAGAGAAACCUUUUAAAUGUAAUCCAUUUGGAAAGAAUUUCAGAAGAAAUUACAAGCUUGAAGAACAUCAGAGAAUCCACACAGGAGGGAUGCCCUAUAAAUGUAUUCAAUGUGGAAAGGCUUUUUAUAAAGAAAGCCAGUCUUGCUUUACACCAGGAAAUCCACACUGGGGAGAAAUCUUGUAAAUGCAAUCAAUGAGGAAAAACUUUCAGCAAAGUCAGGGGCCCAAGGCCAAGUUGACACCAAAUACUUAAUGCCAGCACAAAGAAAACUCUAUUCUACUGGCAGAGUGCACAUGCAGGAGGCAGUGCCCCUUGGCAUUUCUUUGCUUCCAUUGUGGGUACCCCAGACAUCAGGUCACAGUGGGUAAAGGCUGGAAAGAAAGCUCACUGGGGGAUUAGGCUGAGAUCCAGAGAGUCUGACCCUGAAAUACCCCCACUGAACACAGAGUAGUUAUCAACUGGAGGGUCAUGGAGAGGUGGGGCCAUGCUUUCUAUAUUGUAUUUCAUGAGAUCACCAAAGAGCCCCCUGUGCUGCUCACAGAAGCUCCCUCACCCCAAAGGAAAGAAAGGAUGACACAUUAUGCUUGACACCUUGAGUCCCCUGCCAUGUUCACUGCCAUCCUGACUGGCUGCCUCCCUGCCUUUGGCCGUACCCCUGGGGUUGUGAACAAGUCUGGGCCAAAAUUCUUCCCAGCUCUGACUGGCUGGUAUCUGACAGACUCUGGCAUAAAAAUUUGGACCCAUGAUGUUUUCCGUCCUGCAGCUACUGAGAACCACAGUGUGUGACAUUGUGAGCCGUGGGUCAGGGCCCUAGAUUUUGUGCAGGAGCCACAUGCAGCUGCCUCUGGAAAAGAGCACUGAACUCCCUGAGGGUCUGGUCAUCGGCCUUGGCAGGCUAGAGCUACAGGCCAGAAGCUCUCUUCCUGUGGAGUCGACCAAGCUCCCUUCAGCUCCACCAGGUGUAAUGUCAGUAUGGGAGGGCUUGUCUGCCCAUCGCGGGUGGCCAGGGGUUAUCACCACAUAUCUAGUCCUUGCUGGAGGGAAACACAAAGAGAUGACUACCCCAGCCCCCAACCCAGUGAAAAUCAAGCUCAUUCUCCCAUCUGAUUUUUUUCUCAUCUUUUCCCUUUUUGAUCUGAUUUUUCUUGUGCAGCAAAAUAACUGUGCAAAGAUGUAUAGAAGAAUUGCACAUUUAAUACAUAUUGGAUUACUUGUUGAGGGAGUGGGGCAAGGGAGGGAAAACAUUUAGAACACAAGGUUUUGUAAGAGUGAAUGCUGGAAAUUAUCCAUACAUAUGGUUUGAAAAUAAAAAAAUCUUAAUAAAAAAUAAUCAUUCCAGAUAUUGUA